ACAGCUGGUGGCAGCUGGCCGAGGAGGCCCCGAUUAAAGAGGAGGGGGAAGUGCUCACAGGUCUGGGCAGCUGUCCAUAAAAUAUGAGGGGCCACCCCUCUCUGCUGCUGCUAUACAUGGGAUUGACCACCUGCCUGGAUACCUCACCUGGUGAUGAACAAGACCAAGGGGUCUUCCUGGGCCCCCCAGAUGCCCAGAGCUUCCUGGGCAGCCGUAGCCGAAUUCCACGAGCCAAUCACUGGGACCUGGAGCUGCUCACACCAGGGAACCUGGAACGGGAGUGUCGCGAGGAGAGGUGCUCCUGGGAAGAGGCGAGGGAGUACUUUGAAGAUAACACGCUGACGGAGCGUUUUUGGGAGACCUACAUCUACAAUGGCAAAGGAGGGCGUGGACGAGUGGACGUUGCAGGCUUGGCAGUGGGGCUGACAUCCGGUAUCCUGCUCAUUGUCCUGGCCGGUCUGGGAGCCUUUUGGUAUUUACAUUGUCGAAAGGGCCGAGGCCAGCAGCCCUGUCCCCAAGAGGUCGGGAUCAUCAGCCCUUUGAAUCCCCCGAGCUCUGUGGACCCACCGACGCCCCUGCCGCCACCCCCACCCCCCGGCCUACCCACCUACGAGCAGGCGUUGGCUGCCUCUGGGGUGCACGACGCACCGCCGCCUCCCUAUACCAGCCUCAGAAGGCCUCACUGAAGAACUGCCUCGGAGUCCGGGCUCCCCGAACUGUGCCCCUGAUUCACACCGGAUUCCGGAAGUCCUCAGGCCUCGCAGACUCUGGAGCUGAGCCUGGGAGUGGGGUGGGAGUAGGGGUCGGCCGGCCCGAGGCCUACCCUGGCACACGUGUUUCCGCCGCGUACGGAUACACGCAAGUCCUCAGCCAACGUGUUCCCACGUCCCGGCCCCUCGCGGGCCCCCACGCCUUCCUGACAGUGGGAGCAACCGCCCGUCCCGCCCCCGGGGUAGGCAUGCGCGCGUAGAAACUCGGUCCCAGAAGCGCAGGCCGGGUAUGCAGCCUUCCGUGUGUGGCCAGAUAUGACCCGACCGUCGCCCUCCAGUGCCCUGGGCUACGCACACGCAGAGCCCCGCUUGUGUAUACGAUUGCCUUCGUUCACUCCCGGUGCGCGCACAGGGCCGCGUGGUAUCCCAGGGAAAGGGUGGGGGGCAUGUUUGCAAGCGUGCUCAGUGGGGGCAGGCUUCCAUUGCACCCGGGGAACCGUAGUUGAGCUGUUGCCCUAAAUAAAAACCCUUCGGAAAGGAGACCAAGAAGAAUUGAAACGCAACAAAAUAAAAAUCUAAUGAACUGAACCGCGUUCCCGGG